UCGAGUGGAGCUUAUUUUCAAAGGAUUUCCGAAAUGAAACACCAACAAGUUACAGUGGACUAUUGGACGAUGUUCAAGACAUCCGGAAUGUGUCUUUUACUGGCCGUUUGCGGAUUUGUACUUCUAAAAAUGGUGCAGACCAUUUUCUGGCUACCCGGACAUCUGAAGAAGAACCAGCAGCGCCUUGAGGAACUGGCCAAAAUCUACGCCAAGGAUAUAAGCGAGGAAGAGAGGGCCGAGAUCGAGAAACUGUUCAACAGCAAGGAGCCGGUGACUGAGGAACGCAUCAACCAGUUGCUCGACAAGCCAGAGACUUCAGAGCCCAAAAAGGAGCAAUAG